CUGUGCUGUAGGUGGGUCAAGAGGAGCUUCGUUAUCAUAGAACCUCUGAUACUGAAUGCAGACAGAAUUUGGAGAAAAAACACGCAACUGAACAGGGUGACCACAACCCUUUCUAAAGAGGGAAGUCUUACCCUGUCUUGGCCCUGUGUGACCGCGUCUGUCCGAUGACACCGUGGUGAACCAACUGCGUACUUCAGCUCAGCCCAAGUUCUCCUGGAUUAGUACCACCGGACAUCUUUGGGAGACCUCCCUUCCUCUUCCUUUGCCGUACCCAGCUAACCCAGAUCUUCUGGAAAAAGAGAUAAGCAGCAGGAUUGGUCUCAAGGAGAAGAAUGAAAGCUCGCGCUCCUCCUCCACCAAAUCAACCUUCUCCAGCAAGUAGAUUUCACAGUGAGUGCAAGUCACCUGCAGAGACAGCUGUAAUUUCUGAUCAGAACCUUGUGAGCAUGAAGGAGAACAUGAUAAACAGAUCGGUGGACUUCACAGUCAUUUUACCCAGCGGGGUGGAGCAGAAGAGCACAGUACAAGGAAGUAAAGCUGUGAUGGAUCUAUUGGUUGAUUUAUGCAGCCAGUAUCGCUUAAAUCCGUCCCAACAUAGUCUUGAACUGAAGUCUUCGGGAACUCAACAACCUCUGAGUUACAAGCCAAACACUUUGAUAGGAGCACUGGACGUACAGACGGUACUUCUGAAAGAGAAGGUUCCUGAAGAGAAGACAAAGCGACCUCUGCCAAGGGUCCCUGAGAAAUCUGUGAGGCUGGUAGUGAACUACCUGAAGACGCAAAAGGCUGUGGUUCGAGUUAGUCCAGAGGUGCCUCUCCACAGCAUCAUCCCAGCUAUUUGUGAGAAGUGUGAAGUCAGUCAAGAGCACAUUGUUCUUCUGCGAGACGGCAUCACUGGGGAGGAGCUGGAGCUUACCAAGUCCUUGGAGGAGCUGGGAAUAAAGGAGCUGUAUGCCUGGGACAGAAAAAGAGUUCCUCCAUCAAAAACUCAGUCUGAACCUUCUCUGAACUAUAGAGAACCAAGUCGAAAGGCUUCAGUAAGCAAUGAUGCAAUAGAAAAAGAAAAGGCAAGACUUCUGGGAUUGUUCAAAGCUGAUAGAAGAAGCAGCAAGACAGAAGAACAUUUGAGGAUGAACAGAGAUUGUGGUGAGGAGGAUGUUUUUAGUUCUGCAUCUACAAGUGAAGGAAGCUUGGAUGGUUUUUCCACAGCACCAAAUUCCCCUUCGGUGAAUUCUCGGUCCAGUAGCCUGGGUCCAUCACUGUCCCUUGGUAACAUCUCAGGAAUGACAGCAAACCCAGAAGUGAAAAAACGCAGAGCACCUCCUCCACCAGUUGUGACACCUGCGUUGCAGAACGUGGAGAUGAGUGGACAAGACAAGACAGCAGCACAGAUUUCACAAGGAGCAUCCCUAAAUGAUUUACGGAAAAAGAAGAGGCGUGCCCCUCUUCCACCAACUGCAUCCGCGCCGCCCACUCCUGCCAUGCCAAACAGGACAGAGGAGAGGGAAGACAAGAGGAAGAGCACGAUGGGUGAUGGACGGCUGGUGCCACAAAAACCUCCUAGAGGCACCACUCGUGGUCCACCUCAGUUAGUGAUCCCCCCACCCCCACCUUACCCUCCUCCUGACAGAGACAUUGUGGAUCCAACAGUCUGUUACAGAGAAGCAGAUGUUACAGCACCAACAGAGCUGGUACCUAAACAGAGCCUGCUGCCUGCACAUGAUAAUGUUUAUGUAGUGGAUGACAUGGUUCUGGAGCUAUCAGAGGUGGAAGAAACAGCAUCAGAAAGCAGCUGUUUUGCAUCUGAGGACACCACAGAAGACUCGGGAGUCGUGAGCUCCCCAUCUGAUAUUGUAUCUUUGGAUUCACAAAAUGACAGUAUGAAGUUGAGAGACGUCAAGCUGGUCAAUGGCUACAUGGACUCAGCUGAGGGGGAUGCGAUGUAUGGCACAGAGACCUGCCCCGUAAAGAACGCCUACUGCAAUAGCGUGGGAUCUGACAGUGCUGCACAGAGCAGGAGAGAUGAAGAAACAGCUUUGGCUAAGCAUGAGAAUGAGGAUCUAUUCAUUGCUGCACAACUCCAGCAGACUUUGGCUGGCCUGGAUGAAGAUUUAGAAGCACUGGAUGGUAUAAGUAACUCUGACUCCGAGUACAUCAAUGAAGCAUUGAGCCCACAUAUAAGAAAAGUUGAGGCUGCCCAAGAUCUUACCAUUUCUGUUCCAGUAACAGUCAUAGAUGAUGCUCCAGAAGUUAGCACCUCUAACUCAGCCGGAGAUCAAGAGACAGAGACAAAUAUCGCAGCUGACUCUGUUAGUACAGGAAACUUUAAAAAUAAAAACAACAAUGCGGGUUCCUUUGAUAAGGGACACACAGAUAGUGGAGCUGUAUGCAUAUCCAAGGACCUAAUACAUCAGCAACCACCUGAAAAUGAAUUCAGUCACUUGCCUGUGGAACAGAGGAGAGAUAUGUUUGAAUCUCUCACAUCCUCCUUCGAAAAAAGAAAUGAAAAGAACUUAAGACUGGAACCCCCCCCAAAACAUGUUGCGAAAUCUGAGGAAUGUAAAUCUAAGCUGACUCUGUCUCACUCCAAGGUCACAGCUGAAAUCAGUACAGCAAAAGAGAAGAUAAAUCCAUUUAACGAAUGUAGUAACAGGGAAAGAUCUCUGAAAAAAAGUAAAUCAGAAUUAGAAAUCAAAUGGCCACCAGCAAAAAAAAUUGAAGUAGAAGAAAUCCCAUCAACACCCACAUGGUGUCAUCGUGCCCAGAAUUCAGGAACAAACUACGAACCUAAAAUGGGUUUGACAACCUUUAAAGUUGUCCCUCCCAAACCUGAAGUAAAACAUUUUGAUAGAGGAGUUUCGCUCUCCACUGGUGCCAUUAAGAUAGAUGAACUAGGCAACCUUAUAGGCCCAAACACUGGUGUCAGUAAGCACAUACCAGGUACCUCUACUGAUGAAAGUGAGGAAAUUCAUCUCGGGAAAGUGAAGGCAUUCUGGAGGUCAAGUUCUAUGGAAAAGCAAAGCGAUGACUCUGCUGAGUAUCUUCCUAAAAAGUCAGGAGUCACCACAAACUCUAAGCCCUUUACUAUAAAACAUGAACACAAACCUGUCUGUCUUGCGGCUCCAAAACCUGUAGCACCACAAACUGUUACUACCCAGGUAGCUGAAAGACAGUCUGAGAACGAAAGGACCAAACCACCUGUUCCAGUUAUACAGUCUCAGGUAGCAUCAUUAGUGGCCCCAGCCAUUAAUAAGGACAAGCUGGAGCUUCCAUUUGUAAAGCCACAUAGGAGAACUUCAAGUCAGUACGUUGCCUCUGCCAUUGCAAGGCACAUCAAUGUCGCUACCUUUAAUUCUGACUCUACAGAAUAUCACGAGAAAGAUGAAAAUAAGCAAGGGGCAGGAGAGGUUAAAACUGAAGCAGAAGUUUCACCAAAAAGAUGCAUUAUUGUGGCCAAAUAUAGCCCUGUGGAAACAGAAUCCGCAGAAACCAGAGAAACGCUUUCAAGUAUUUUUACUUGCAGUCAAAAAGCAUCCCACAGGUUUACACCUGGUGAUAAUUCUGGCAUGGAAAACAAAGUAGUUAACAUCAGGGCACCAAAUCAAGCAACUCCUCUGAGCUUCUAUAAAAAGAAUGCCAGUGUCCCACUUACUAAAUCCUCUUCAAAGGAUAACAACAGUGCAGAAGAUGAUCAUGGUUUAAACAGCAAACAAAGUAUAGCAGAGAAAAGCAUGUGUGUUUUGUUUGACCAGAAAUGUGAGACUUUGACCCAUGCUAAUUCGGCCUCAUCUCUCAAGUCUCCUGACAUCCAAGGAGUCCCGUCCUCUUUCGGCUCAUCUUUGCGAGUCACUAAAUGGCCUCCUGCUAAUGGUGUACAAGUUAGUUCACUUAAAGCUUCACCCGAGCUAAAUGGUGCAGCAGCAAACGCACAGUCAGAACAGGAGGAGAAACCUGAUGAUUCAGAUAUUAAUGCUACCAGUGACCUGGAUGUUAAUGUGCAGACCAAUAUCUUUGGACCAAAGAAGAAGUUCAAACCUGUCAUCCAAAAACCAAUUCCAAAGGACACGUCGCUGCACAGUGCCCUAAUGGAAGCCAUUCAAACAGGAGGGGGAAAGGAGAAACUCAGAAAGGUUUCAGGCGGUGCACUAAAUGGCAGUCACAGGAAACCCUCAUAUGCUGACCCAGAGAAUCAGCGCUCAGCCCUGCUAGCAGCAAUUAGAGGCCACAGUGGUACCUCAAAGCUGAAAAAGAUCUCCUCCAUGGCCUCCGAAGAGCUGCAGAGUUUUAGGAAUGCAGAGCUGUCCUUGCAGAAGGCCCAAGACCCUCAAGAAGAGCGGCUUUGUAUCCCACCCGCCCCUGCCCAGCCGCCACCACCACCUCCCACUCAGCUGGCAGCAGCAGCUCCGAAAUUCUCUGCCACGGCUACAGGUAACCCUGGGGAGGCAAGGCAAGCCCUAAUGGAGGCCAUUCGCUCUGGUGCCGGAGCAGCAAAGUUGAAAAAGGUCCCUCUGCUCGUUUGAAUCAUGUCUAAAGAACAGGUAAUUGGAAAAUCUAACCCCGUAUGCACCCAUAAUCAUCAUUCAAGGUCUGAAGUGGCAGAAAACAUUCAAGAAGUUUAGUUGAUUCUCUUGUCUGCAAGCCAAAAUAAGUUGUAGUUAAUUUUCUGUGUGUUCCUGUAUAAUGGUUCUAAGGGGAAAAUACGUUGCUCUGCUGUAAAGCUUCUGUGCCAAGGAAUUGUGUUUUGCCUCUGAAUAUUUAAGGUUGCCAAUAAACUAUUCUUGUUGGCAGGUUAAUAAGAAUAUAAACACUGUGCAGUCCUGUGUUAAUACUUAAUUGUGUUUAUGGGCAAAAUUAAAAGACUUUGCUAGCUAUCUGAAAAGUAAUACUCAUUUCAAGUUGUUAAAAAUAUGUAACUAUUUCAAACUAUUUACUUGCUUCUUAUUUGAUUUGGAAAAGGGCUGUAAGCGAUUAGGGUGAAAACCAGAAUAAAGAUCCAUAAAAAACAAUCACAAGAAAAAAGUUAUGGUACAUUAUGAAGAACCUAAAUUCCAUAUGCUGGAGUCAUUGGUUUUUAAAAAUUAGAUGGACUUUAUAUCUCUCGUGGAGCUCUGAGAAAGCAGGCAAUCAAUAAUAAAUGUGAGACAGUGUCUAUUGAAGAGUUACUUAUGGGAUAUGACGUAUAGAAUGCUAAUACGCAGAGAUAUACUGAACCCUAGUAACAUUCAUGGCAUUUUAAAAAUACAGAGACACCUUAAAGGAUCUCUAUUUGCAGCAGACUGUGAAGGUUAUAAAUAAGAUUCAGAGUACUGCGUAGGGGUCCAAGAUUUCAAGUUAAUUUCUGCACUGCAAAAUGAAGUGAAGCUGGUUUGUGUCAGUAACCAGGACUUUUGUCAUCUCUUGUUCAGGUCACGCAUAAGUUGGCCCUUUGUUUCCAAUUCGUAUUGCUGUUGUAUGUUGUCUCACAGGUAUUUAUAACAGCAUCUUUUUCAAAUGUUAACUACUUUGGUAGUUGUUGUUGUACAUAUUUUGAAAAUAUUUCAUUAAAUUGAUUAACUUAAAAAGGACAAACGAAAAUGCUGUUUCACAUUUCCUAUAUUGUAAUGAGACUGAAGAAGAGGAAGUUUGUACAUUUACAUUUUUAUGAUCACAGACCGGAGUGGUGGCAGAUUCUUUUUUUUUGGAGCUGAAAUUUAGAAUGUAUAGCUAUGUAAUGUUGAAAGCACGAGAAUAUUUAGCCAUCUGCAUUUAAUGUGACUAUAUAUUAUGUAUUGUAAAAUACUGAUGUCUGUUAGUGCCACAAAUAAAAGCAAAAUCAAAACCUGA